AUUUUAUCUCAUAUUUGUGUGAAUUUCGUAUCAUGACAAGACCCGUAUGUGAUAAACUUUUAAAAUUAUACAAUGUCAUUGUUAUAUGUUAUCGUAUGUAAACAUUGUGUGUGUUAGAGCAGGUAAACACUCAAAUCUUUGAAGUUUCAAGCGUUUAAAAUGGAGGUUGUUUAUGAUGAGGAGGAUUAUGAUGUGACAACGGAAAUGAAAAAUGCAUUCUUAAAGCAAGGAUAUAUCAUUGUAAGAAAAUUAUUUCGAUCAGAAGAGAUACAACAGAUGAUCAGAAACUAUGAAGAAGGAAAGGCUUAUCACCAAUAUGAAUUCUUUGUGAAAGAUUGUGAUGACAAAUCAACCAUUCAGACCACGUGGAACUAUCCAGGAAAUGACGUUUUUGGUAUGGCGGCAAAAACGCAGAAAAUGGUGGAAACCUGUUCACAGCUUCUGGGCGGCGAAGUGUACCACUAUCAUUCAAAGAUUGUUAUUAAACCUCCAAAAACAGGCGGACAGAGAUGUUGGCACCAAGAUUAUGGAAGCUGGUACAACUUUGUCCCUUUUCCUGAAUUGAUUACAGCCUUCAUUGCAAUUGAUCCAGUCAAUAAAGAAAAUGGAUGUCUGCAGGUUUUAGAAGGUUCACAAACUGCUGGAAAAAUUGAACAUACACUUACCGGAGGUGAAAUUGGGGCUGAUAUAAAUCUAGUGCAAGAAUUACACAAUUUUUGCCCGCUUAAAUACAUAGAACAAGAACCCGGUGAUGUUAUUUUCUUACAUUGUAAUACUCUAUAUAAAAGUGACGUCAAUACCAGUGACGAAAGAAGAAUGGCAUUCCUUCCUGUUUAUAACCGGAAGAGCAACAGUCCUGUCAAAGAAGGGAUACAUCCGGGUUACUCACCAUUGGAUGUUGUAUAUAAUGACGCCGUCUUAGAUUGUGAAAACUUCACCGACCUCGAUGGUAAAGGAUUUAUUGACACAAGUGAUCCGGAAUGUCUGAAAACUAUUGUAAAUCUGGACUCCUCAGACGCUCUGAAGGACACUGUUUACAAUACCUGAUGUCAUAAGAAUUUGGAUGAAGAUUUCUCAUCGAAAACUAAAUAAGUUGUGUUCUGUUUUAAGAAUGAUAUAAGUGCAGAUUUUAAAUGAAUUGGUACCUUCAUUUAAUCUUGUUACUUCAUUUAAUCUUGUUCAGUGUCAGCUUCAACCCAAUUUUAUGAAAAAAAAUGCUCAAGUCCGGUUAUUCUUUGUUAUUCAUCUGACGUUUUAUACAUUUUAUCGUCCAUCUGCAUUUGAAGUAAUUAUAAAUUAUCAAAUAAUUACAAAUAAGCCGUAUGUUAUAAUAAUGUAUGUACACUCAAACCUGUGAUUAAAGUCCAUUUAUAGGAGGGACAAAGAAUGGUCUAUUUACAAAAGUGGUCUUUAUUAAGAGGUCACUCUGUUCUACUAAAUCAGUAAAGGUUUGUCAUAGUGUGGUCUUUAUUCACAUGGUGAUCUUUAUUCGGAGGUGGUCUUAAACACAUGUUUUACUGUAUAGCUUUUGUAAGCAGAGAGGACCACCAUGAGCUAUUGCAGCUCUCGCUCCUUAUUGCUUUAAUAUAUUCAUUAUGUGCGAGUUUGUCUUAAAUAAAAAUAUAUACCAAAUUCCUA